GAGACAUGCUCGCAGCGUUGCCAAACACCGAUGUUUUAGUCGUAGUCUUUAAACAAAAUUAAUAGAAAAACAAACUACAGCUAUUCGGAAGACCGAGCAAUAACAAUCUGUACCUGUCACCUGGCGGCAUAGUUGGAAAGAGGCUAAACAAAUUAAAGAAGAAAACGACAACAUGUCAGCACCGGUCAUUAUCGAGGCCACGGUCAAGCAGACGGCAACGUUGAUUUUCAUGCAUGGCCUGGGCGACACUGGACAUGGUUGGAGCAGUGCAUUGGCAGCCAUUAGGCCGCCAUUCAUGAAGGUCAUUUGCCCCACGGCGCCCACACAGCCCGUUUCCUUAAAUGCUGGCUUCCGCAUGCCCUCGUGGUUCGAUCUGAAGACUUUGGACAUCUCUGGGCCAGAGGAUGAGCCGGGCAUACAGGCAGCACGAGACAAUGUUCACGGUAUGAUCCAGAAGGAGGUGAGCGCGGGUAUACCAGCCAAUCGGAUUGUGAUUGGUGGCUUCUCCCAGGGUGGAGCAUUGGCAUUGUAUUCGGCGCUAACGUACGAUCAGCCGCUGGCCGGCGUGGUGGCUCUAUCCUGUUGGCUUCCGCUGCACAAGCAAUUCCCGGGGGCCAAAGUAAACAGCGACGAUGUGCCGAUCUUCCAGGCGCAUGGCGACUACGAUCCUGUGGUGCCUUACAAGUUUGGCCAGCUAAGUGCAAGUUUACUCAAAUCUUUCAUGAAGAAUGUCACCUUUAAGACCUACAAUGGACUUUCACACUCGUCAUCAGACGAUGAAAUGGACGACGUAAAGGACAUAAUCAGUAAAUGGACACAUUGGGAUAACAGCCAGACAAUGGCUAGAAAGGCGCAAUGCUGUCAGAUAUCAUAGUAGCAAAUACUUCCUCAUCCUCCUUACCCCCACUAGUCAAGAGCAGAUGUCGAAAAAGAACAGAAAUACUGUGAAAUAAAUUGUUGUAUUUUAGUGAUUAUCAUUUUGUA